AUGCAGGUUCCGAACAGAGCGAUGGGAACGUAUGGAUACUCCGUGCGUAAUUACGCACCGGCAUGCGCUUCCCCGAAGCCUCCCAGCGGGAAAUCUUUCACCAUCGAGGCUCUGCUCGCCAAACCGGAGGAGACGAGUCCAACUCAGCACCAGCCUUCAACGCCGUUUCUGCCUCUGCCCAUUGCGCCCGCGCCGUACCUCUACUCACCCAACGUGCUGCACCCCACCGUCCACUCUCAGCCCGGAUAUUCUCUCUACUGCUGCCCGCCCUUCACCUACCAGACGUCGUGUCGCGGAGCAUUUUACGCACAAGCAACUAUGUCCAAAGUCAGCGCGGGGCUGCAUUCCUUUAAAACUAAAAAUGGGAAGUCGAAAAGGAUGCGCACCAGCUUCACCAGCGAGCAGCUGUCCCGGCUGGAGAAGGAGUUCGCCCGGCAGCAGUACAUGGUUGGCUCAGAGAGGUUCCUCUUGGCCUCUGCUCUGCAGCUCACGGAGGCUCAGGUAAAAGUGUGGUUUCAGAACCGACGCAUCAAGUGGCGCAAACAGAGUCUGGAACAGCAGCAGGCCAAACUGGCCAAACUGGGCCUGGCCGCUCCUCCAAAGAGUCCCGGAUCACAAGGCCACGCGGACGAAGUGGAUGAGGACGAGGAGUUCUCCGACUCAGAUGUGGACAUUGACGUGUCGGACGACUCCACAGAUCACUGA